ACUAACAAACGGGAAUCUAUUCAUUGAGAUUCAUUGUCAUAAUUGUCGUAAUUGGUUGAAUUAGUUUCGUUUGGCGUAGGCAAGUGCAAGUCCGCAUCCUAAUCAACACGACAUUUCGCGUAAUCAUUUAUUUAUCCGUUGUGUCUAGCUAACUAACUGCAUUGAGUUACAUAUAUGUACAUAUGUAUCUAACAUUUUAUCACUGCACCAGGCCUUUAUGAAAAAAAUGGAAUGUGUUUCGCCAGCAGUAUAAUAGAAGCGCAUAAAAAGUUAUUUAUAGCACCGCCAGAGGUUAACGACAGCUCCACGCCCUUAAGUGGCAGCAGUGGCAUAUUGAACUCUCGCAAGACUGCCCAGAAAAUGCCGCGCAACAAAUCUCGAUUGCAGACGGAUGUGUGUGGGGAUUGUGGAGCAACGGAUCCAUCUUGGGCUUCCAUUAACCGCGGCAUCUUGUUGUGCGCCGAUUGCUGUUCCGUGCAUCGCAGUCUGGGGCGGCAUAUAUCGAUCGUGAAGUCGCUGCGUCAAGGAAACUGGGAACCAUCGGUACUGAAUUUCGUAAACUCACUGAAUGCUCAUGGCGCGAAUAGCGUGUGGGAGCAUCUUCUCGAUGGGAACACUAAUACUGCAAGUGGGAAGCAUGGCACACGUUGGCGCAAACCCACGCCCAAAGAUGCACUCCAUCCGACUAAAUCGGACUUUAUUAAGGCCAAACACGUAAAUUUGACGUUUGUGCUGAAGCCAAGUCUACAGGAGGAUGAUGAUUCUAGUAGCGGCAGCAGCAAUCUGGAGCAGGAGCUCAGUAAGCAAUUGCAUGCCAGCGUACGGACCAGUAAUCUGGAGACUUCACUGCGCUUCCUGGUGCAAGGUGCCGAUCCCAACUUCUAUCAUGAUGAGAAGUGCUCAACUCCACUGCAUGUAGCUGCUAAAUUUGGACAGGCUUCGCAAAUUGAAAUGCUGUUGGUGUAUGGUGCCGAUGUGAAUGCUCUCGACGGAAAUGGCAACACGCCACUGGAGCUCGCCAAGGCUAACAACCAUAAUACUAUUGCCGAGCGCUUGCUGGAUGCCAUGUACGAUGUGACCGAUAGAAUCAUCAUUUUUCUAGGAGGCAAGAAGCCCGAUCAUGCUAGUGGCCGUCAUUUCAUCAUGCCCGAGCCAAAUAGCGCAGAUAUAAGCGAGCAAUUGAAAAUAGCUCGUGGCAAGCUGCAAUUGGUUCCCAAUAAAAUGUUUGAGGAGCUGGUAAUGGACCUAUAUGACGAAGUAGACAGGCGGGAGUGCGAAGCCAUUUGGUCCACCAGCACUUUAAAUGCUGAUCACGCAACUGUGCCAUUUCUGCCAGCUAAUCCAUUUUUGAGCGCAACUCGCAAUCAGGGUCGUCAGAAACUGGCACGUUUCAAUCGCGCUGAAUUCGCUGGACUUUUAACUGAUGUCCUAACCGAUGCGAUACGUCGCCAGAAUAUGGCAAAUUUACGUCCCCUAGAUGCACACGCAGCGCAACCGCAGCCGACAUCGGGUAUAUUUUCAAAUAAUAAUUCGGCUUUGUUUAAUUCGUUCGAGCAAGCGCACGAUCCGAAUUUGUCCGAUGAUGAGCCCAUCUACGAUCCGGUGGCCAGCGACGAUGACUAUAUGCCACCCAUGGCGCAGCAGGCCAUUGUGGAGACUUUGCGCAAGCAAAUAAAUCAGCUGAAGAACGUUGUGCAGAAACUGUCAACCGAAAACUCACAACUGAAAUCAAAAUUUACAUCAAACACCAGCAUAUAUGAUGAACCACUUCGGAUUGAUCUGAACAGUUCCGAUACAGAUCAUGAGCCACUAUCUCUGCCAGAAGGCAGCAGCGCCCCUGUUGUUUCCGCUGACAGCACUUCAAAUGCAUCGUCAUCGAAUCAGUCGACAAUCAAGCGGCCGGCCAGUAUGUACGAAAGACGAAUCGCACCUACCUUUGCCAAAGGAAACAACGAUGUACGAAACACAACGAGCAUGUACCAAAUGGCUGGAGAUGGAAAACCUUUUGGUGAAGAAGUGAAGGUACGAUCGGAUUUGGCAACUCGUUGCUUAAAAGGUCUGAUACUGGCCAUGCAACCGGGGCCGGAGGAUCAAAAGCAAUCAGUAGCCCUACAUGGCGAGCGCAUACGCAACGCAGUCACGGAUCUGAUAGCGCUCUAUGCGAAUUUGCCGCCCAACGCCAACGAAACUACUCGUGAAACACUGAAGCUACUUACACGUCACAACAUCCUUAUACAGCACGAAUGUGAGAACCUACAGAAAUCUAUAGAAGCUGACGACAAAACGGCCAUUCUAAAGAACACGGUGGAGGUGCGAAACUCGGCAUUUCACAUUGCAAGUGGCAUAAAAACCUUGGUUCUGCAAUUCUAUUAAAGACAUGAUAUGUAUACCAUAGAUCCCAAAGUUUUUGAAGAUGUUAUAUGCAUUUUGUAUUAAUCGCAGUCUAGUAUUAACCAAUUCUAAUCCAAAAUUGUGCCCACCAACUAACAAAAUGCUUCCAUAAUCACAUUUUUAUAGGUAUGUUUAAAGAACAUAUAGUACAUUUGUAUUAAUACUAUAUUUUAUUAUCGAUCAAUAAAUGCAGUA